GCCGAGCUAGACACGUGGUGACGUCGAGUGUUUGGCGGCCAAAGAGACUUCACUCCACAUAAACACAAAACAGUGGACUGAACCAGAGUUUGGAUUUUCAGACUCGGCUGUAGUACUUUGAAGUGAUUGUGAAGUAUUUAGUUAGUUUACUCUUCUACUCAGAUUGGUCUUCUACCCGUUCUCCACACGUACACACCCAACGCAUUAGCCUUAGCCAUGGCUGUUCGUACUAUUCUUGGAACAAUGGAGUUUGGGAGGAGGGCUACAAUGGCCGAGAGCUUGGAGAUGACCCAGUUCUUCGUCAACGCUGGUCAUAAGGAGCUGGACACUGCUUACAUGUAUAGCGGUGGAAAGUCGGAGGAAUUCAUCGGCGACAUGCCAAUUUCACAUGACCCGAACAAGGUCUCUGUGGCAACCAAAGUCAAUCCCUGGGGACCGGAAGGUCUUACAGCGGAGGGAGUCAAGAAGCAAUUCACUACCUGCUUGGAGCGCCUGCGCUCUGACUCUGUGGAUAUCCUGUAUCUGCAUGCUCCGGACCACAAGACGCCCAUCGAGGAUACACUUGCAGUCGUACAAGAAUUCUACAAAGCUGGAAAGUUCAAGGAGCUAGCACUGUCAAACUAUGCUGCCUGGCAAGUGGUGGAGAUCUACUACAUCUGCAAAGCUAAUGGCUAUGUACUGCCAACUCUCUACCAGGGCAUGUACAACGCUUUCACUCGGGACAUUGAGAAGGAACUGCUUCCUGCUCUGCGACGCCUGGGAAUUCGAUUCUACGCUUACAACCCGCUCGCCGGAGGUCUGAUGACUGGGAAGUACAAGUACGAGGACGAGGACAUUCCCAAUAGCCGCUUCUUUGGCAACUCUUGGUCGCAGACGUAUCGCAAUCGCUUCUGGAAGAAAGUCUACUUUGACGCUCUGGACUGUAUCCGAGAUGCUAUGGCGACUGCCGGCAAUGAUGCGUCCCUUACCGAAGUCUCCCUGCGAUGGAUGUACCACCACUCACAGUUAGCGGCUGCAAACAAUGAUGGUGUUAUUCUCGGUGCAUCCAACAUGGGACAUUUGACCCAAAAUAUGGCUGCCACUGAGAAGGGACCUCUUGAACCAGCUGUGGUUGAGGCAUUCGAGAAGGCAUGGAAGAUGACCGCACCAGAGUGUGAGAUCUAUUUCCGGUGAGCCGUUGCCGUCCACUCCAAGCACCGCUCUUGUGUGAGCGCAUGCAUAACCUCUAGUUUUUUUCCCUCGUCUGCUACCGGAUGAUGCUCAUUGUAAGUUAGUGGUGUGCCGUUGAGAGUUUGAAUUGCCUUUGGCCAUCACCUGCCCUUUGUAGCUGUUUUGCCAUGUCUUACUUCUUGAAAAAGAUAGUUUGCUACCACCUUAGUGCUACGCUUGCUUUUGUUCUAUUUUACAACUCUACCCUUUCAAUUCAUAGCGUUGCUUUGCAAACUGCUUACAUUUUAAUUUUUAGAUUACCUUCGAGCUAUUGAAUGCUGGCAUUCGGAAGUCCACUGACAAAUACAACAGUUAAACUGAA